ACGCCAUGCUCGCGCGAUGGACGUUGCCGCCGGCGACGGCCGACGACGAGAGCAACCAGACGAGCCUGGACGACCUCGACCUGAGCGCGUUCGCGAGCCUCAUUAGCUUCCAAGCGCCACGCCGCACGCAGAGCAAGCUCGAGACGUGGAAGGGCCGGAAGAGCUCGACCGACAGCAACAGCAGCAGUGGCGACAACCAGCGCGACGACGCCAUCUGGACGCGGUCGCCCGAAGAGCCAGCAAGUAGCCGCGACGUGGUGGUGGCGCCGACCCUGCGCGCACUUGCGCCGAGCUUUGUGCCACCUGACGCACACCGCCCGCUACAAGCCUCGUACGCUACACCUACCGCGAGCUCUCAUGCGUCGCCUCUGAGCUACGCAGCGUCGUACUACGAUCAUGAUUUGUCCGCGCACGCCUACGCCAUGCCGCCAGCGCAAAGCGUCGUAUACUUUGAGGUCGAGUUCAAGCGCGGUCGGCGCAGCAUUUUUGUGGGCUACGCGCACUUUGCACUUGGCGAUUUCGUCAAGGUCGAGGCCGACCGCGGCUACGACGUUGGUGUUAUCGUCUGCGCCGGCGCGACCCUCGACCACUUGUGGGCCAACCAGGCGUACAUGCAAAGCACGUCUCUUUUGGAGCCGCAGCGUCUCUCGGUGCCACCGAAGCGGAUUCUUCGAGGCGUCGUGGCCGCCGAGCUCGAGCAGCUUUCGCUCAAGCUGGAAGAGGAAGCUCUCGUGCUCGAGGUGUGCCGGGCCAAGGUGCGCCAGCGCUUUUUGCCCAUGGUCGUCCUCGACGCAGAAUUCCAGUUUGACCGGCACAAACUCACUUUCUUCUUUCAAGCCCAACGACGCAUCGACUUUCGCGAGCUCGUGCGCGACCUCUUUGGCCUGUACAAGACGCGCAUCUGGCUCCAGCAAGUGAGCUAAGUGACGACCGCCUUGUGUGUUUCUCAUAGACUGUGCCAUACCAAAUAUUCCAUUUACAACUAGAAUCUACUGUCGUGUGACCCGG